CUCUCUCCAGCUCCAGCUGGGCCUGAAGUGUUGGAGGCUCAGGCACUCGGCUCCCAGCCUGGCACCUCACCAUGGCCGCAAAGGUAGACAGUAGGCCCGGGGCGCUCCCCAGCAGUGACUCCGACCUGGGCACCGCUCGAGAGCACGUGCAGGCGGCCACCCGAAACUACAUCACCCACCCCCGUGUCACCUACAGGACCGUGUGCAGCGUCAAUGGCCCCCUGGUGGUGCUGGACCAGGUCAAGGUAUACUGCCUCCCAAACAGAAUUCAAACUUCCCACUUACUAGUCUCUCAAGUUCAUUUCCAAGAGAAUCUGGGCAUAAGAGGGAAGUUUGCCCAGUAUGCUGAGAUCGUCAACUUCACCCUCCCCAAUGGGACUCAGAGGAGCGGGCAAGUGCUUGAGGUGGCUGGGACCAAGGCAAUUGUUCAGGUGUUUGAAGGGACCUCUGGGAUUGAUGCCCAGAAGACCACCUGCGAAUUCACAGGGGACAUCCUACGGACUCCAGUGUCGGAGGACAUGCUGGGUCGAGUUUUCAAUGGCUCUGGCAAACCUAUUGACAAUGGGCCAGUGGUCAUGGCAGAGGACUUCUUGGAUAUCAAUGGCCAGCCCAUCAACCCCCAUGACCGCAUCUACCCCGAGGAGAUGAUUCAGACAGGCAUCUCGCCCAUCGACAUCAUGAACAGCAUCGCCCGUGGUCAGAAGAUCCCCAUCUUUUCAGCGGCUGGGCUCCCCCACAACGAGAUCGCCGCCCAGAUCUGCCGCCAGGCUGGGCUGGUGAAGAAGUCCAAGGCCGUGCUGGACUAUCACGACGACAACUUCGCCAUCGUCUUUGCAGCCAUGGGGGUGAACAUGGAGACAGCCAGGUUCUUCAAGUCCGACUUCGAGCAGAACGGUACCAUGGGCAAUGUCUGCCUCUUCCUGAACUUGGCCAACGACCCCACGAUCGAGCGGAUCAUCACCCCGCGCCUGGCACUGACCACGGCUGAAUUCCUCGCCUACCAAUGUGAGAAGCACGUGCUGGUCAUACUGACCGACAUGAGUUCCUAUGCAGAAGCCUUGCGGGAGGUCUCAGCUGCCAGAGAGGAGGUGCCCGGGCGCCGAGGCUUCCCCGGGUACAUGUACACAGACCUGGCCACCAUCUAUGAGCGAGCAGGCCGCGUGGAGGGCCGUGGCGGAUCCAUCACUCAGAUCCCCAUCCUCACCAUGCCCAACGACGAUAUCACUCACCCGAUCCCAGACCUGACAGGCUUCAUCACGGAGGGACAGAUCUAUGUGGACAGACAGCUUCACAACAGACAGAUCUACCCCCCCAUCAACGUGCUCCCUUCCCUGUCGCGGCUGAUGAAGUCCGCCAUUGGGGAAGGGAUGACGAGAAAGGACCAUGGAGAUGUCUCCAACCAGCUGUACGCUUGCUACGCCAUCGGGAAGGAUGUGCAGGCCAUGAAGGCAGUGGUGGGGGAGGAGGCGCUCACUUCAGAGGACCUGCUCUACCUAGAAUUCCUGCAGAAGUUUGAGAAGAAUUUCAUCAAUCAAGGCCCCUAUGAGAAACGCUCCGUGUUCGAGUCUUUGGACCUGGGCUGGAAGCUGUUGCGCAUCUUCCCCAAGGAGAUGCUGAAGCGCAUCCCGCAGAGCAUGAUUGAUGAAUUCUACUCCCGCGAGGUGGCGCCGCAGGACCCCGAGCCCGACACUGCGCUCUAGCCCCGCCCACAGCGAGGCCCCAGAGCGAGGUCCCGGACAGCCCUCAGGGGGCGCCGCCGUCCACACACCCCACGCCGUCUACUUGGUCCACACACCUGAGCCAGCCGCUCCGUGCCCACCCUCAGCACCCCGCAGGCUCUGGGGGGUUCCCACGCUCCAGUCCUCUCCCUGGAUUCCCCGAAUUGGGGAAGAACAGAAGGUUGUCAAGCCUAUAUUCUGUCUUGUUCUGAUGGGAGCAUUUGUAUUUUAAAAGCCCUCUCCCUGUGACCCUCCCCCCACGUAAGAAUUAAUCUUAUAUGAAAACAAGGUUGGGAAAACACUGAUAAUUGUUGGAGCUGAAGGUGGUGGAUACAGAAGGUUCAUUAAACUGUUCUCUCUGCCUUAAAACAAUAAGCACAUUAGUGUCAACAGCUGACAGUCGAAUUCUUCUUAGGGAGACACUUACCUUUGUUUAAAAAAAACCGAGAAAUUUCUUGGGUGGAACGUGAGCUCAGGGGCCAUUGAAAGGACAAUCUCAAGGCCACAAAAGAUGUGUCUGGUUUUGAACAGCUGCGCCUAAGAGAUGUUAGGGAGGAAUUUGGUUUGCUUCAGGCAGGGAAGGGCGUUGCUGGAGCCGUAGCCUGAGGAACGGUGGGGACCGUGAGCGCAAGGCUGUGGAGGGCCCGUCAGUUAACAAAUGGAUGUGGUGUGUCCUAAAAACCAGGAUGCCUGAAGUUUCUUCUUUUGAAAGCUGCCUGCUCUUCUGUAAUGUCACCCCUUCCUGUCUCCUCUGCCCCAACUGCAGUGGCGUCAUGGAUGCUUCCUAAGAGGCAGGGCAGAUUGGGAGGACAGAACCCAGAAGGCUGGGUUCCAUUUCUGGGUCAGGGUGUUGUGGAACCAAGCCAGAGCUGGCAACAAAGGAGGCCCUGAGCAGAAAAUCCCCAUCCCCAAGACAAUUUACAGCCAGUUUAGGGGAAGCUUUUGGGUGUCCACACGGCAUUGGGUUGUUCUUAGUUAAUAACAGAGUUAUUGAGAUGCAAUUUACAUACCAUACAAUUUACCUAUUUGUAAUCGUAUAAUUCAACAACUUGUAGGAUAUUCGCAGAGUUAUGCAAUCAUCACUACAAUCAACUGUAGAACAUUUUCAUUACCUCAAAAAGAAACCCUGCACCCCUAGCCAUCCCCCCUCAAACCCCUCCCCUGCCCCUUCCCUAGCCUGUGACAGCCAUUAAUCUUAAUCUCUGUAGCUCAUAACAUCUCAUACAAAUGGAGUCAUGCACUGUAUGCUCUUCUGUGGCUGGCUUCUUUCACUUAGCAUAAUAUUUUCAAGGUUCAUCCAUGUGGUCGCCUGUGUGAAAUCAUUUGGGGGAAGGGUGUAACUCAGUAGUACGGUGUAUGCUUAGCGUGCACGAGGUCUUGGGUUCAAUCCCCAGUACCUCCAUUAAAAUAAAUAAGUAAACAAACAAACAAACAAAACCUAAUUACCUCCCCCACAAAAAAACUUUUUUAAAGGGAAAUCAUUUAAUCUUUUACCAUUAAGUAUAAUAUUAGCUGUGGAUUUUACAUAAAGACUCGAUCAAGUUGAAGAAUUUCCUUCCAUUCCAAGUUUAUUGAGUGCUUUAUUUAGAAGAGGUGUGGAAUUUUGUUAAAUGCUCUUUCUGUGCCUGUUGAGA